AUGACCGAACUCACCUUCGCCCGGGCCUUCCUCACGGCCCUCGACUCCCGCCCCAUCAAGAUCUCCGCCGACCACGUCGAGGACCCCCGAUCCUUCCCCCAACCGGCCAGCCGUAAGAGCCCAAAACCCCCUUGCCCCAGCCGCCGUAUCAUCCUCCCCGUCUCCCCAAACCCAUGUCCAAACCCACCUCCCACCACUCCUCAUCCACCACCGCCCCCGGCCCCCAACGCACCCUCACCGUCUCCCUCAAAUCCCUCCGCAACCCCCAUCGACCUCGCCCUCCCCGACCUCCCCCUCUCCACCUCGGUCCUCGACCUCAAGCACGCCCUCGAAGCCCAGGCCGGCGUCCCCGCCGACAAGGCCCGCAUCCUCCACCGCAAGAAACCCGUCCCGGACUCCAAGAUCCUCAAGGACCUCGUCGACGCCGCCGAUGAUGAUGCCGACGCCGAUACCACCCUCGAGCUCGCCGUCAUGGCUCCCGCGCCCGUGCCGGGGCCGGAUGGCACCAAUGCCGGUGCGGCGGCUGUCGUCGCGUCGCCCCAGUUCUGGGAGGAUCUGAGGGGCUUCUUGAUACAGAGGGUCAAGGACGAGAAGACGGGCGAGGAGCUUGCGACACUGUUCAAGAAGAGCUGGGAGACCAAGGGCAAAUGA